AGGUAACAUCAACACCAGCAAUUAUCCACCCUGGCUAUCUAUCUCAGUGGAUCUCCAUGUACAACAAUAUGACGACUAAGCCACCACCGCCUUCUGCCCCCUCAAAUUUGAUAUUCGAGCCAAUUCCCGCUUCUGUAAAAGCACAUUUUGACAACAUCCCCUGGACAAAACAAUACACAUCAGACCCUACCUUAAAGCCUUAUACAAGUACAGGGCGCGUACCAAAGACACAUAAUACGGCCGAUACAUUCUGUGCUAUCACUCUAGACUCUAAGGAUACCGUUACGGCAUGGCAAACCUGGUGGAAACCUGCACCUGCACCUUUUCCCACCUCGAAACCAUCAAAAUCCGAUCCAAAAGCAGCCGACCAGAAAUUCGGCGAGAGCAUCGCCCUCGUCUCCUUCGCUAGCGGCUUAAACGGCCACCCAGACACGAUACAUGGAGGUUUCCUAGGCGUUCUCCUCGACGAACUGAUUGGCAACGCAGUGGAGUAUGAAAGGCCGCAUGACAAAAGUGCAAUGACAGCGUACUUGAAGGUGGAUUAUAAACGUCCCGUAGCAACGCCUGGAACGCUCGCUGUGAGGUCUUGGGUUGAGAAGGUGCAGGGGAGGAAAAUGUGGGGUAAAGGGGAGGUGCUAGAUAGGGAGGGUAAGACAUGUGCGACGGGUGAAGCGCUUUUUAUUGUUGUGGAGAAGGUGAAAGGAGCCGGGGAUGGGAGUAAGUUAUAAGAGCUAUUUGAUAGACAGGCGUUCUGCUUAAGAUACGAGAAGGGUAAAAUUACUUCAACAUUCUAGGCAGACAGGUAGAUGAAGUAGGGUUCGACAAGAGUAUUUGAUUCGGAGAAAGUGUCCGGAAACAGCUCAUGAACCGAAAAAUGUACUUUGCGUGCUAGAGCAGCGAAUGUAUGCGACGAGA